UAUGUGAUACAAAGUAAUAUUUGGAGCAAAUUAUGGGGUCUGCAAUUUGAGAAUCCUCUUGGUAUGGCUGCUGGUUUCGAUAAACAUGGCGAGGCUAUUAAGGGUCUUCAUAAAAUGGGCUUUGGUUUUGUAGAAAUUGGUUCAGUCACACCAAAACCUCAAUCGGGCAACCCGAAACCUCGGGUCUUUCGUCUAACGGAAGAUCGAGCUAUUAUUAAUCGUUAUGGGUUCAAUAGCGAUGGUCAUGAAGUUGUUCAUUCACGGCUUCAAGACCUAAAGAGUUCUGGAUUUCAAGGUAUAAUUGGGGUGAAUUUAGGCAAGAACAAAAACAGUAACAAUCCAAAUGUAGACUUCAUAGAGGGUAUUUCAAAAUUUUCCGAUGUUGCCGACUACUUCGUCAUUAACGUAUCGAGCCCAAAUACUCCAGGUUUACGUAGUUUGCAAAAUAGACUUAAACUUGAAGAACUCUUAACUGUGGUGAACGAAAUGAGGUCAACAUUGCCGAAAAGACCGCCUCUCCUACUUAAGAUUGCACCUGACUUAUCAAAUCAGGAGCAGAAGGAUAUUGCCGAAAUUGUACAGAAGUCCGAGACAAACGUAGAUGGUAUCAUAAUUUCGAAUACGACGUUGAGACGGAUCAACUUAUCGAACAAUUUAAAGAAAGAAAGCGGUGGAUUGAGUGGAGCACCGAUAGCUGAGUUGUCGACUAUUAUGAUCGCCAAUAUGUACCAACUUACAAAUGGUAAAAUACCGAUUGUUGGCGUAGGUGGUGUUUUUAACGGUGCCGAUGCUUAUGCAAAGAUAAAAGCCGGUGCCUCCCUUGUACAGAUAUACACAUCAUUCGCUUAUCACGGGCCGCCAAUCAUCGCGAAAAUUAAGAGUGAGCUAAGCGAGCUUUUACUCAAGGAUGGUUAUCAAUCGGUCGCCGAAGCCGUUGGCACAAAUGCCAAAGAAAUUUUAUUAACAUCGACUUAAUUAUUUCACAUAUUAGUUUUAAUUUUAUAAUUUUUACUUGAUUCGUUAUUAUUCAAGUUUCGUUAUUUAAUACGAAUUUUUCAUAAAUUGAUGUUUUGUUGUGAAAACCAAAUAGUUACCUGACAUUUUACGUGACAUUAAGAUUGUAUAUUAUUCGCAUUUAAUUAAUACUUAUUAAUUAUAUUUCAUUUAAGAAUAUUGUACAUAAGAUAUACUGAGUGGCAGUAGGUAGUCAUGAAAUAUUAAUUUUCACGAAAAUUUUACAAUGGUCAAAAAGUGUAUUUAUUAUUAA